AUGUCCCUCACCCCCAAAGACCAACCUCCCAGCCUCCCCCUCCACAAACCCUCCUCUAACACAACAACCCCCUCCCAAACCCCCCGUGCCCACCACACCCUCCGCACCGAAGCUGCCGCCUUCAUCGGCGAGUUCAUCGGCACCUUCAUGUUCCUCUCCCUCGCCUUCACCGGCACACAAAUCGCCCUAAACGCAGCCGGCAGCAAAGAGCUAUCCGGCAGCGGCGACCCACUUCCCGACGUAUCAAAACUACUCUACAUAGCCUUCGCCUUUGGUGCCUCACUCGCCGUAAACGUAGCCAUCUUCGCCGACAUCAGCGGUGGGAAAUUCUGUCAAAAGGUAACAACAGCACUCUACCUCACCCGCAAAAUCCACUGGCACCGCGCCACGCAAACCAUUGCUUCCCAACUCCUCGCCUCCAUCGCUGCCUCCGCCUUCAUCUCUGCCUUACUCCCCGGGCCACUCACAAUCGCGACAACUCUCUUACCUUCCAUCUCCAUUACUCGCGGUUUGUUCCUCGAAGCGUUUGUUACGUCCCAACUAAUUCUUACCAUCCUGAUGCUAGAGGGAGGGGUGGCUAAGCCGAUUUAUAUAGGGGCGUCAUUGUUCGUGGCCCAUGUGUGUAGUGUGUAUUACACGGGUGCGAGUUUGAAUCCCGCGAGGAGUUUUGGGCCCGCGGUUGUGGUGGGUUUCACGGGGUAUCAUUGGAUUUAUUGGGUGGGGCCGUUUUUGGGGAGUGCGGUGGCAAGUGCGGUGUAUGGGGGGGUGGGGUGGUUGAGGAGGGAGAGGGUGGUUGUUGUGUGA